UGGGAGAGACGGAGUUGUGCUCACCCAUUCAUUCACAGUGGAAUUAGAUACCUGGCUAAAAAGGAUAUGUGAUCAAUAACCAUUUCCAUGCAAUAUUUUAUUCUAAACAUGUUUUUCACGCCUUAUUUUUUUCGAGUUACAGCAAUAUGAGGAAAUUCACAUUGAAAGAGAGGUCGCAUCUGAGCGAUCGGAGAGGACAAGUGCUAUGGCUGUUCAGUUGCUUUUUGUCUUGGAAUACAACAGGAGCACAGAUUCGUUACACUGUUCCAGAGGAAUUUAGCGUGGGAUCCGUGGUUGGGAAUAUAGCUAAAGAUCUAAAUUUGGAUGUAGCUGAGAUUUCUGAUCGUAAGUUGAGGAUAGCCUCCGUGGCUGGUAAGCAGUAUUUCAGUGUGAAUUUGGGUAAGGGCGACCUGGUUGUGAGCGAUAGAAUUGACAGAGAUAGUCUGUGCGGACAAAGCAUCAGUUGUCUCUUGCCAUUAGAAGUCAUCGUUGAGAAUCCUCUAAUGCUCCACAGAAUGGAAGUUGAAAUGAAGGAUAUAAAUGACAAUGCUCCACAAUUUCAAUCAACAGAGCGGACUUUGAAAAUCGCAGAAUCUACCGCCCCUGGUAUGCGCUUUUCUUUGGAGAGCGCGCAGGAUCCUGACGUUGGGGACAAUUCUUUAAAAUAUUACACUCUCAGCAAAAACGAACAUUUCAGAUUGAAAGUACAGGAUAUUGGUGAUGGAAGAAAAGUGCCUGAAUUAGUAUUGGUGAAAGCACUGGACCGAGAAAAUAAGGCAGCAUACCAACUGUUGUUGACAGCCUUGGAUGGGACCUCGCAGAUAACUCGCAGAUAA